CCCUGAGGAAGGCUCCCGCGGCCCGGAGCGGGGCCAUGGCCGGCAGCGGCUGCGGGAACGCCUGCAAGAGGCCCGCCGAAGCUGAUGGCACCGCGGAGGGACUGGAGGCGGCUCGGAAGAGGAGCAGGACGGAGCGGGGCGGCCGGCGCAAGGCGAAGGAAAAGUCAUCUCGUUUGUCUGCAGCUUUAUUUGGUGAGGACUGUGAAAUCAGCCAUGACCAGGUUUACGAGUUGUUAAAGUACGCAGCUUUGGGAAAAUGCUACAAUGUCACACAGCCCAGCUGGUGCCGUAUUUAUCACCAAAGCCACCUGGCAGGGGUUGUGGUUAUUGUUCUACAUGAGAUGAGCCAACUCCAUUUCUACAAAUUCUAUUUACAGUUCAAACACCUCAGAAAAGUGUUCCAGCAUAGAUUCACAUUACCACCUUCUUCAGCUAGCUUCCUAGCCAACCUUUAUGGAGAAGGAGCAGAUGUGAAAACUCAAAACAAUGCACAAGGCUUGAUUUCCACUAGCAGUGGAUGUAUUCCUAAAAACUCAGACUUGCAAUGUGAUCCCAUCAUCCGGAAAUACGGAGAAUCAAAACAAGGCCUUACUAGGUACAUUCUAACUGUAGAAGAGCUGAAAAAAAAUGAUUAUCCCAUGAAAGGCUCCCCUGGAUGUAAGGGUUAUGUGCAUACAGAGUGUGAUCAGCAGAGGACAGACAGCAGCCCCCUCUUUGGUCUGGAUUGUGAAAUGUGCCUGACUGCAAGGGGAAAUGAAGUCACUCGUGUCUCUCUGGUGGAUGCACAGGGUCAAUGCCUCUUGAAUGAACUAGUCAAACCUGAAAGCACAAUAGUGAACUACCGCACCAGAUUCUCGGGAAUCACAAGGAAGAUGCUGCUUCCGGUGAAAACAAGAUUGCCAGACAUACAAAGCAGACUAAAAAAAAUACUGCCGCAUGAUGCAGUAUUGGUGGGUCAUUCUCUAAAUGCUGAUCUCCAGGCUUUGGAAAUGAUCCACCCUAGUGUUAUUGAUACUUCAUUGCUUUUUGCCAGAAAUGAAGGUCGAAGAUUUAAGCUAAAAUUUUUAGCCAAAGCUGUUUUAGGGAAGGAGAUCCAGUGUGACCAGAACCUUGGUCAUGAUCCUACAGAAGAUGCAAGAGCUGCAUUGGAACUGGCUCAAUUCUUUAUUGAGCAAGGACCAGCAAAGGUAGCAGAACUAAAUUUGGAAAUGCUGCUGACAACUGAAAGACUGACUGAGGUGUCACAGAACAAAUCUGCGUUACAGCCACAAGGAUGUAGGGUCCAGAAGCAGUUGAAUGAUCCUCCGCAUCUAUCCAAACCAUGUUUUUUAGACUGCUUGCAGGUGACCGGCCAAAAACCCCUCCUUUUAGGCAGACAAGAAGUGGACUCUUCUGGCCUGUGUCAGAGUAACCUAAGCACUUCAAACAAACAGAUUCUUCAGAGAGCCUUAGAAGAUGUUCCCCUCUCCACAUUCAGUAUCGUUCAGUUCAGUUUGGGUCCAGAGUACAUUGCAUCUCAUCUUCCUGCUGGAUUUUGUGAGAAGGUGAGAAGCAAGCUGACUGACAUGCUGACAAUUUAUGCAGGUCCUUUUGAAGAAAGUUUCUGCCUGAAGUCUGUGAAAAAAGAAUUUGGGAAGUGUGGACCAAUCCAGUCUCUGACAGUGGUUACGGAAACAUACCAGCCCUACGUCUGUAUCCAGUAUGAGGUGCUAGAAGCUGCCCAGCUUGCUGUGGAAAGCCUAGAUGGAGCUAAGGUAGCAGGAUCCUGCAUUAAGGUUCAGAGACCUGUCACUGCUGCAAUGCUGGACUGUGAUGUUCUGAUACAGGAACUAGAACAGGAUAUAGAAAACGAAGGUGUGAUUUAUGUGGCGGGUCUAAAGAAGUCAUUAAGCGAAACAGACUUGCAAGAAGAAUUCAGCCACUUGGAAGGCCUGGAAACUCUGUUCCUGCCAAAGGAUCUCCAGAGUGGAAGGCACAGGAACUGCUGUUUCCUCAAAUUCCAGACAUCACAAAGUGCUGUGGAUGCCCUUGAAGUUAUAAGCAGCUGGGCUGUGAAGGGCAGCAAGUUAAGAAGUAGGAAGGCGCUUGCUUCAGGUCACCUAUGGAGAUGGAUUUGGCAAAUGAAUCACAGCAGUGGGAAGCAAGUAGGAAACAGCUUAUGUGAGAAGACGGUGCCUCUAUCUGACUCUGAGCAGGAUCUAAGGAAAAAGGUGAAGAAGUUGGACCAGAUUAUAAAAAAGCUUUAUAGAAGUCUGCAGAAGAAUACCUUGUGCGUUGUUCUCUUCCCUGGAACAAACAGCAUCCAUGAAUCGCAGUCUGGCCUUGGUCUGAUGGGAAUAAAAGAUAAUGGAGGGAGCAGUGCUUGUUAAGCUGCCAUGUUUUUAAGCAACCUUUUGUUAAGAUAUUCUUAAUUACUUUAAAUAUUGAUGUCUCUGUAAAGACCCCCUUAUCAUAAGAACAAUAGCCUUUCACUGUAUCUUUUAUAAAGUCUAAAAAUAAAAGCUAUUCAAACCAUCUUUCCUGUUAA